CAACCAAACGACAACGCCGGGAAGAAAAAAUAAAAAUAAAAACCCCGCAAAAGACAGGGUCAGCGCGUGGACUCGGCUCGAACCGGCGCUGUCUUGCUGGCCCGCGGAGAGGGAGAGAGAGAGAAAAAAAACACAAAAGAAAAAAAAAGUUAGUAGCAGAGCCGAAAAAGAAAUCAAUCUCUGCCGUCUCCAUCCGCAGCUGGGGCGACCGAUUGAUCCAUUCCAUUGCCCCCCCCCCCCCCUCCUGAUCUCCCUCCUCAAGCAAGCUACUACUGCAAGCGUGGCUAGUCUCCUUCCCCCCAUCUGUUUUUUUGCGGCUGGUGGAGUUGGGUUCUUGGUGGCCUGCGCGAGAUUUUUGGUUUCUGCUGCUUGGGUUGGCUGCUGUUCUUGGCCCCGAGCUUGAGGCUUGAUUCUUUGGCGCGGAGCAGAUUGUGCGGCGUUUCGUGCUCUCUCACGUUGGCGGGGGCAUUCCGCCGAGCACCUUCCGUGCGGGGCGGCCUUGUUUGGGUGGAGAGCGGGCGGUUGGGUGGUGGCGGCGGCGUUAAUUGGGUUUGUUGGAAGCGCCCUUUCAUGCCGUCCUUGUGGGCACAGGCUUCUCGCGGAUGGAUUGCUACAUGCUGAAAUCAAGAAGGCUUGUUGGUAUCGCCGAUGCGUGGUCCGUGGAUGACGCAGAUGGCAUCGGCGAAUUCCCCGAGGCGAUGAGCGCUGCACACAAGCAGAUGGUCACCGGUCUGGAGGAAGCCAUGGUGGCGAAGCUGGAAUUGGCUAGUCAUUCCAGUCUAUUCUCCAGCAGUGAUGAUUCUUUUCUCCCCGGGAGUAGUAGCCUGGACACAUCCACAUCAGAAGAGAAACAGGGAUUAUCCGAGUCGACGACAGAAAGGCCUGGAAACAAUGGAUCAAGCAGGCAGGUUCCCAGGCUGAGAGUGCUUGGAACAGCUGGCAUGGCUGGAUUUGGGAAGGCAGUGGAUAUUUUAGACACGAUAGGCUGCUUGGUGACGACAAGCCUUAGCACGGAUGGUGGCUUUAUUUCCAGGGUGAAAACCAAAGGGUGCCCGAUAUCAAUUCUCGCCUUUGAGGUUGCAAACACGAUAUUGAAAGGUGCUACUAUUAUGCAAUCUCUCUCGGAAGACACUGUUACAUACUUCAAACAAGUGGUGCUUCCUUCUGAAGGCGUUCAAAAUUUGAUUUCCAGUGACAUGGGUGUGUUGAUGCGAAUUGUAGCUAAUGACAAAAGGGAGGAGCUGAAAAUAUUUUCACAAGAGAUUAUAAGGUAUGGUAACCGUUGUAAAGAUCCCCAAUGGCAUAACCUGGACCGCUAUUUUGUCAAGUUAGAAUCAGAAAAUCAACCACAGAAGCAGCUAAAAGAAACAGCAAUUGCAGAGAUGCAAAAGUUGAUGGAUCUUGUUCAUCGUACAACUGACUUGUAUCAUGAGCUACAUGCCUUGGAUAGAUUUGAGCAAGAUUACCGCUGCAAACUGAUGGGGAAGGGAAGUUCAGAUCGAUUUGAAAAAGAUAACCUUCCCGGAGAAAAUAUUCAAAUUGUUAGAAUAGAGUUGAAGAGUCAAAGGAAUUAUGUGAAAAGCUUGAAGAAAAGAUCUUUGUGGUCCAAGACAUUGGAAGAGAUUGUGGAGAAACUUGUAGAUAUUGUGCACUACUUGCAUUUUGAGAUCAAUGCUUCUUUUGGAUCUUCUGAUGGAGGUGAAUUGAGUUCUGAAUCUACUGAAGACUGUCAGAGACUAGGACCUGCUGGACUUGCGUUACACUAUGCAAACAUCAUCAUACAGAUCUAUAGUGUUGUUUCUCGAUCCGGAUAUAUACCACCAAAUACAAGGGAUGCCCUUUACCAAGGAUUGCCACCAAGAGUGAGAUCAGCACUACCUAAUAGAUUAAGAACUUCGUCGGUGCCUCAGGAGCUCAAUAUUGAUCAAAUAAGGGCUACAAUGGACAAAACAUUGAAAUGGCUUGUUCCAAUGGCCAUCAAUACCACUUGUGCCCGAGGCUUCUUGCGGUUUAGUGAAUGGGCGAAAUCAGGGACUGAGAGGAUCGGAAGAAGGCCAGGCCAACCGGACGUGAUCGAGACGCUCUACCAUGCGGACAAGGCAAAGACCGAUGCUUACAUACUGGAUCUGGUUGUCUGGCUUCACCACCUUGUCAGUCAGAGUAACAGGCCGGCAAAUGCAAAAGACCAGUCCACCUCUAACCAAGACUGAUCUUGACGGGACACAGGAAGAUAUAAGCACUACACAGCAGACGACAAGAGCAAAACACCAGACGACACCUGUGACCUGUACCUGUUGUUUGAUCGCUUGAUGUGGGUAUUGUCUGCCUGUAGGUUGUAAAUGGAAGCUAGGCUUCUUGUUUGUUGUCCUAAAUUUGUGGUGCGAUGUCGCAUGCAUUGCGCGCUCUGUAUGUUACUGUACACCAGUCUUUAGGUAGAAGUGAGGAGCCUUUUUUUCUCCGAUUAUUUGGUCAUUACAGAGGAGGGUUCUAAUUUCAUCCGUGUAGCCGUGCCGGUUGUACCAUGUUGUACGAAGGGGAAGAUGAUGCAAUAAAAGGCGGGUGAUUCAAUGGAAAGACUCAAACAUGUGCUUAUGCCUGUAUUGAAAGGAUUUGAUUAGCUGACCGCCCCCCCG